AUGGACGAUGACGGAGGUGCGUAUGCCAAUGACAACCUGCCAUACAAAGUGAACCCGGCGGAUUGCACUAGCAGCAAGGUUCUAGCUGUCCCCAGAUGUUGUCAAAAGAGGAAGGGUACGCAGGACCGGUCCAGGAUCAACUUUGAGGUUGCUGAUAGGGGUGCGAGGAGCCGGUCUGGCGAGGUGAGAACGAAUGGGACUGGGCAAUACGAGGAUUCUCCGAUGCUCAGCCUCUCCUAA